UUAACCUUUAAUCCAACCAAAGCGGACCAAUCUAUAAUUUUCUAUUAACAUUCUCAUUUUUCCCUCAGCUCCAUCUAUAGGCUCUUGAAUCUCUCUAAAAUCCCAAUAAAAUUCUUGGAUUGAUGUCUAAUUUCUAUUCAAUACUUGCACAAAUGGAGAUUAAUCAGAAAGUUCAAUUCUUUUUGCUCAAUCUUUUCUUGAUAACAUUGGCAUCAUCAUCAAGAAUAAAGUGUUUCGUGGGUGCUGAAAAUUCUACUUCAUGGGUGGGAUCGAAGUAUCAAAUUGAAUGCACAAUGUGUUCAGCCUGUGACAAUCCAUGCGAUACUCCUUCAUCAUCACCGCCCCCGCCACUACCACUUUCUCCACCACUACCACCAGCGUCACCGCCGUCUUCAUCCACCACCACCAACUGCCCUCCACCGCCUUCUCCUUCUGGGUACAAGAACCCGCCACCAGCAACCUACACUUACUCUUCACCACCACCUCCUUCUAGUGGUGGUACAGGAUACUAUUACCCUCCGCCGUACCAAAGCUUUCCUUCAGGCCCUGCACCACCACCUCCAAAUCCAAUUGUGCCUUAUUUUCCGUACUACUAUCAUAAUCCUCCACCACCACUUUCAUCAUCUCCACCAUUGAAAAAUUCUAUAUCUUUCUUGAUCACAAUGCUUUUUUCACUUUUAUGGUUCUCAUAAAAAUAGGGAAAGAAACAGUUUCAUUAUCAUUUAAAUAAAGUGUCAUAUUCACAGAUCUUCAAGCUUGCUGAGUUAAGUUCUUGACCUUCAUACGAGGUGGCGAAAUUGGGAAAUUUUCUCAUUUCCAAGAUCACCCUUUUUUAUCCAUCAAGAAGAAGAAGAAGCUCAGUGGAGUAAUCUGUAAAUUCUUGAUAAUUUAUUUUCUUUUAUGUCAGUUAUGUUACAAUUUAAUUAGAAUGCAAAAAAACAAUUAGUCAAUUUUGCACACAAA